AUGCAGUAUGCAGGCCGGCUGAGUGGCAGGACAGGCGCGCGCGCUGCAUUGUUAACGGCGCCCGCCCACCUGCCGCCCGCCACGCCCCGUCGACAACUUCUGGCCGCCCCCGCCGUCAAUCCGGCGUCAGCGGGCCCGCAGGUGUCGCCGCUGGCGCUGUCUCGCCGGCACCCACGGGCUAACCAGCGGCGGGCCGGCGGACGUCCGCGCCGCCGCCGGAGGACAAUCGACUCGGCGGCCGAUAAAGGGGCUGCUGGGGCGGCGGGGGCGGCGCGGGUGCAGGCGCAGCAGCCCCUGCCCCUGGAUGGCUUCCUCGCCCGCGGUGCAGCCGCGCGUUCGACCGGCCGGCCCGGCGCGGCGCCUGUUGCGGCCCCAGUAAUUGUGGCGCGGCCGUGUCGCGAUAAAAACCCGCCCGCACGCACGGCCGCCGCCCCCACGCGACCUUGUGCGGCCUCCCGCACUCCCCCUCCUCCUACACCCCUACCUCUGCGCACGCCAGCCGAGAACCGCCGGUGGCAGCAGCAAGCAGUCCAACAGGCGACGGAGGCUCCUACAGGAGGAUCACGUGGGACACCUUUGUAG